GCCGCACUGCCUUGUGGGUAGAACGCUGUCAAGUAGCUGAACGGAGCGGGUUGACGGUCAGGCCACAGCAGUCUGCCGAUUCAUUCCUCAGUCCUAAAUACGUCUUGCCAGUUGCUACCAUGAGGGCUUUCCACCUCCUCCUGGUGCCUGUCCUGCUGCUGCUACUCGCCCUCCCGUACUCCAGGGGGCGCUACAACGACGACUUUGACGACGGCGAGGACAUCGCCGACUUUGACGACAACGACUUUGCCGAGUUCGAGGACAUGAACGAGGAUGGCGCCGCCGAGACGGAGACGGCCCCGCCCCCACGGGCAUCUCCAUCUUCAUCACUGCCCGAGGAAGAGGAGGACGAAGACGAGGCCACUGUGGAGCUGGAGGAAGAGCAGGACGGCUUUGAGGAGUCGGACAACAAUGAUCAAGAUAUGUACAGCAAGUACGAUCAGGAGGAGUUUGAGGGCAUCGGGGACAUGGACAAACCGGGCCAUUCCAUGAAGGACCCGCUUAUAAUCCACAAGGUUCCCGCCCACUUGCAGAACAGCUGGGAGAGCUACUACAUGGAGAUCCUCAUGGUGACCGGGCUACUGGCCUACAUCAUGAACUACAUCAUCGGCAAGAACAAGAACAGCCGGCUGGCCCAGACCUGGUUCAACUCUCACCGGGAGCUUCUGGAGAGCAACUUCUCCCUAGUGGGUGAUGAUGGGACCAGUAAAGACGCGGUCAGCACUGGGAAGCUGAACCAGGAGAACGAACACAUCUACAACCUGUGGUGCUCCGGCCGUGUGUGCUGCGAGGGCAUGCUCAUCCAGCUCAAGUUCCUGAAGAGGCAGGACCUUCUGAACGUGUUGGCCAGGAUGAUGAGGCCAGCCUGUGAUCAAGUGCAAAUUAAAGUCACGCUGAACGAUGACGACAUGGACACGUUUGUGUUCGCCGUGGGCACCAAGAAGGCCAUGGCGAAGAUGCAGAAGGACAUGCAGGACUUGAGUGAGUUCUGCAGCGAUAAGCCCAAAUCUGGAGCCAAGUAUGGCCUCCCAGAAUCCCUUGCCAUUCUCACCGAGAUGGGCGAGGUCACAGAUGGAGUGAUGGACAGCAAGAUGGUACAUUUUAUUACCAGCCAUGCUGACAAGAUUGAAUCCAUCCAUUUGUCGGACCAAUUUUCUGGUCCAAAAGUUAUGCAAGAGGAGGGACAGCCAUUAAAGCUGCCAGAAACCAAGAAGACUCUUCAGUUUACAUUCAAUGUGCCUGGCAUGGGCAACACCUCCCCCAAAGACAUGGACAGCCUGCUCCCUCUGAUGAACAUGGUGAUCUACAGCAUCGACAAGGUCAAGAAGCUCCGCCUCAACCGAGAGGGCAAGCAGAAGGCUGACCGGAACCGUGCGCGCGUGGAGGAGAACUUCCUGAAGCAGACCCACGCCCAGCGGCAGGAGGCCGCCCAGACCCGCCGGGAGGAGAAGAAGAGGGCAGAGAAGGAGAGGAUCAUGAGCGAGGAGGACCCCGAGAGACAGCGCCGCCUUGAGGAAGCCGCGCAGCGCCGCGAGCAGAAGAAGAUCGAGAAGAAGCAGAUGAAGAUGAAGCAGAUCAAAGUGAAAGCCAUGUGAGACAAGGACCACUACUGGGAUGAGAGGGAGGAGGAGAAGCUGGGGGGGGGGGGGGGUUACAAACACACCCAAUGCGCCCCAUGCCGUCCCUCUGCCUGCGCUCACUGCUGUACACACGGUCUCCAACCACGCAACACCCCCCCCCCCCAAAACACUCCAGACAUUCCCAGCACAAGGGUGUGUCGGCUAGGCUUUGUCUCCAUGGAAACAUGCUUCCUUGUGAGUGUGUCGGGCUGUGGGGGAACGGUGUUUUUGUGUCGAGGCUGACGGAGUAUCACAUCCGUUGCGGCAGAAUCACGGCAACUUUCAUACCCCCUCCUCCUCCUCCUCCUCCUCUUCCUCUUCCCUCUGGAACAAUCUUUCUCCGAAGUCCGCCAGCGACGUAGCUCAGUGAGCCUUUUAAAUUUGUACUUCCAACCGACACUAUGCGACGGCCAUCUUUUAAAUGUAAUAAAGAACACUGGUUGGCAUUUGAAUCGAUGAGAAUUUGGGAAUUAUCAAAACGAUUAUUCUUUUUUUAUUUAUUAAUAUUUUUGUCAUUGGUUUUUUCAUGGGCUGUGUCUGUCUCUGAUGGAAUGUGCGAACAAAUCGAAUAAAAUGCAUUGACGCUCAUUAACUGUUUCAUUUUGAGUUUGACCUUUUCCAAGAUUAGUCCAGACAUUAACUCUCAUUCCGAUGUUAACCUAAUUGGUAUUAAGUUUGUGUAGAUCAUUACUGAUUUCGACGUGUGCUAAUUUUAGCAGGCUAUCUUUAGACAUGGCUGCUGAUGAGGUUGAGUAGUCUACUAAAUUUAACCUGGAGCCGACAGUGUGUCACUAGGCUAGAUGUUUUUUUUAGGGUAUAUCAGCUGUAGAAGGGUCUUAAAAGUUAACUAACUUGUAAUUUGAAUCCCAAAAACAAGAGAUUGAGGUUUGAAUUAACGAAUUUAUGAAGCAUAAUGAAAAAUAUUGUUAAAUCAGGAAAUGUUAUAUCAAAGUAGUGGUAUUAUGUCUAAAUGAGUGUAAUGGCGCUGUGAUGCAUGGAAAGUGAUUCAACAAAAUGUACAUUAAUUACUGACAGCUAAAUGGCGCCCCCUUGUGGCAUAUUUCACCAUUGUUUCCGUUUACAUUCGUUUCGCGCGCUUGUGUGAUUGAAGGUAUCUGUACUAAUACAUGUGUACAAAAAGUAUAUUAUAAAUAAAAAUGUGUUUAAUAUAACAACG